UUAGCCCCACAAAUUAAACCCUCUUUUUGUCUGAAAAUGGCUAGCUCUAAGGCUGCCGGAGUCAUGCCCAUGGCUGCUUUCCUCGCCGUCUUCCUCCUCAUAUCCGCCGGCAACGUCGUCGCUGCUCUGUCCUACGAGUCGAUUGUACCACAAGAAUUUGCACUUGGACGAAAAGUUCUUGAAGAUAAAUAUGAAGCCAAUGGUAGAAGUGGAUAUAACAACAACGAACCCAAUGGUAGAAGUGGAUAUAACAGCAAUGAAUCGAAUGGUAGAAGCGGAUAUAACAACAAAGAACCCAAUGGUAGAAUCGGAUAUAACAGCAAAGAACCCAAUGGUAGAAGUGGAUAUAACAACAAUGAACCGAAUGGUAGAAGCGGAUAUAACAGCAAUGAACCCAAUGGUAGAAGCGGAUAUAACAGCUAUGAACCCAAUGGUAGAAGUGGAUAUAACAGCAAUGAACCUAAUGGUAGAAGCGGAUAUAACAGCUAUGAACCCAACAGUAGAAGUGGAUACAACAGCAAUGAACCUAAUGGUAGAAGCGGAUAUAACAGCAAUGAACCUAAUGAUAGAAGUGGCUACAAUGGCUACAAGCCGACAGGAAGGGGAGGCUAUAACUAAAUUUACAAUCUCUUCAACUUUUCUCUAUAUAUGUUGUACGAUGAAACUCGUCGACAUUUGUAUAACUCAACAAUAG